AAUUUUCUUCUUUGGUGGGAUAGGAAUAGGAUACAUAUCCUAUAAUGAGAAUUGGAUCCUCCUCGUAAGUAACUGAAAUGCACCUUUGGAUUGAUGGAAUAAUUUAAUAAAUAAUAAUUAUAAAGAGAUAGGUUAUAAAUGUAAAUGUAAGUUUGGAGUGAGAGCAGAGGAUAAGGUGAAGACAACUGGUGGGUUUUGGCAAUCAAAAUCAAUCUAUCUAUCAGAAUGGCAGCUACUUCUAGUUGUGUUUGGAUGCCAAAUCGAAGUCCUUUUUUAGGUUCAUGUCAACAUGUCUUGCGGGCUACCAAGUUAGUGGCUACCAGUAACAGUACCUGUACCAGGACAAUACCAUCCCUAUCUCUUUUCACGGUUGAAGCCAAAUCCCGAACCAGAAGAGAAGACCGCACUGCCCGCCAUUCUCGCAUCAGGAAGAAGGUUGAUGGUACACCAGAUAGGCCAAGGCUCUGUGUUUUCCGCUCCAACAAGCACCUCUAUGUUCAGGUGGUUGAUGAUACUAAGAUGCACACACUUGCUUCAGCUUCAACUAUGCAGAAACCUAUCUCUGAGGAGUUCGACAACAGUGCUGGUCCCACCAUUGAAGUCGCAAAGAGGGUAGGUAAAGUAAUUGCAAAGUCCUGUUUGGAGAAAGGGAUCACCAAAGUGGCCUUUGAUCGAGGUGGAUACCCAUACCAUGGACGUGUAGAGGCCCUCGCCGAUGCAGCUCGGGAGCACGGCCUUCAGUUUUAAAAUAUUUUCAGUCAGUCAUUCAUUGCGGGAGCACGGCCUUCAGUUUUAAAAUAUUUCAAGUCAGUCAUUCAUUGAAACACUGAUUUUCCUUGUUCUCUUUUGUGAACUUUGUAUUGAAAGAAAAAUCAAUGCGUGAACAAGAUCUGAAUUCAAACAUCAGUAAGAAAAGUUUU